AUGGCACUCCCAAAAACAAUCUCGCUUCAGAGCGAUGCUCUGCACGUCAAAGUCCACAUUGACGAAGACGGAGCAGCCUUCCUCCAAGAAGUCAUCCCCGUUCCCGGCUCGACUCGCCCUUCAGCAUCGAAAUACUUUUCCAAUUCGUUCGCUCCACUAGUGGAGGUGCGUCUUGCAGGCGAAGGCACUAUAAAACACAAAUCCUCCAAGUCCCUCAUUGGAACCUAUUUGGGCACACGACUGAAAUACCAAUCGCAUCAUAUCAGCACGCAAGCGGGAACCAAAACCUUAGAUGUUGUUCUUGCGGACGACGUCUCCAAAGUCACUGUCACCUCCCACCUUAAGCUAUACCAGUCCGUUCCGGUUCUGUCAUCAACAGCCACGAUUCGGAAUGAUGGCGACCAGGACAUCGUGGUGACUCAGCUCAGCUCGCUCGUUCUUGGGGGAUUAACCACAGGCUCUGAGAAGUGGUGGUUCGAUUACAAGCUGUCCGUGGCUAAUAAUUCAUGGUUCCGAGAGGCUCAGUGGAUUGAAUAUGAUCUACCCAGUCUCGGGAUCGAUGAUUACGGAGUGUACGGCCGCCCUGAAGCACACGCGGCUAGUCUAGCUCAUUAUAGUAUUUCUAACCAUGGAAGCUUCUCGACAGAAGGCCACUUACCCAUGGGCCUAUUGAAGCGGGUUGACGACGCAGAAACGUGGCUUUGGCAGGUGGAGAACAACGGGUCCUGGCAGUGGGAAAUCGGGGACUGGAAAGACAGCGUCUAUGUGGCAGCUGGCGGACCUGUCGAGACGGACCACGGCUGGAGAGAAAGGCUAUGUCCAGAACAUGAGUUCACAACGGUACCUGUUGCAAUCUGUCACGUUUUGGACAACUACGAGAAGGCAUUCGCUGAGAUGACGCGGUACAGGCGGGAAAUGAGGCGGCAACACGACGACCACGAGCGAUUGCCAAUCAUAUUCAACGACUAUAUGAACUGUCUCAUGGGUGACCCUACAGAUCAGAAGAUCCUGGCUCUCGUUGACCCUGUAGUCGAGGCCGGAGCUGAGUAUUUUGUGAUCGACGCCGGUUGGUACGCCGAUGAUUCGGGAUGGUGGGACGAUGUCGGGCUGUGGGAGCCUUCGAAGAAACGGUUUCCUAUGGGAUUCAAGGAGCUUCUGUCCCGAUUGAAAGCACGAGGUCUAACCCCGGGUCUCUGGAUAGAGCCAGAAGUAGUCGGAGUCCGAAGCGUUGUUGCCCAGCAGCUCCCCGAACACGCUUUCUUCCGACGAGACGGCCAGCGCAUUGUUGAAAAGGGACGGUACCAACUCGACUACCGCCAAAAGGUCGUGCGAGACCACAUGAGCGAUAUUAUACAUCGCCUCGUAACGGACUAUGGAGUCGGGUACUUCAAAUUCGACUACAACAUCGAAGUCACGCAGGGCACUGAUGUCCGUUGCUCCAACCCUGGAUCGGGUCAAUUAGAGCACAAUAGGGCCUAUCUACAAUGGGUUAGCGAGUUGCACGACAAGUAUCCAAAGCUUGUAAUCGAAAACUGCUCCAGCGGUGCUCAGCGCAUGGACUAUGCCAUGUUAGCCGUUCACGCUCUCCAAUCCACCAGUGACCAGCAAGACCCGGAUCGUUAUGCUGCUAUUGCCGCGGCCCUUCCAACGGCCGUGACCCCCGAACAGGGGGCCGUGUGGGCGUAUCCUCAACCCGAAUGGGAUGAUGAAAUCAACGCAAUGACUGUCGUGAACAGUUUGCUCGGCCGUAUUCAUCUCAGUGGACGAUUAGAUCGUCUUCAUCCUCAUCAGUUUGCCCUGAUCAAAGAAGGCAUGGAUGUUUAUCGAAAGAUCCGAUCUGAUCUGAAAGCAGCCACUGCAUUCUGGCCUCUUGGUCUUCCUCACUGGCACGAUGAUUGGGUCGCGCUGGGUAUGGCAGCUCAAACACCGGAAGGGCAAGAUGCAGGCCACUUUUACAUUUCUAUUUGGAGGCGAGGGGGGCCUGAGUCAGUCGAACUCCCCCUUGUGGCGUUCCGUGGCAGCAAAGCCAGUGUACAGUUGCUCUACCCGACUUCCAUCCCCGUUGAAACAUCAUGGAAGAGCCCCGAGGGAUCUCUCAAGGUCUAUAUUCCUUCCAGGGUGGCGGCUCGACUACUGAAAGUCACUGUGUCUUGA